AAUUACAUUUAAAAGACAUCUGGAUGGGUGUAAGAAUUAGGAAGGAUUUAGAGGGAUAUGUGUCAAGUGCUGGGAAAUGGGACACAAUCUAUCCAGAAAACUGAUCAGCAUGAACAAGUUAGACCGAGGGACAUCUCUAUGAAACUCUGUCCAAUGCCCACUUACCAGCCCCUUCAAUAACAGCAUAAUUGGAAGUAUAUGACAUAGCUACAACAUAAUUUUACAACAAAUAAUUACAAUCGCAUCUUACAGAACCACAAAUACCACGUUGAAUGUUUAACCAUUUAAUUACACUAGACAGAUCUCUGUACCAUCUCACGUUCUAGUCCUUCGAAAUGCCAUGAGGAUCAUAAAGCCUUCACAGAGAGAGAGAAUCUGAAACACCUUCCCUUAGACUCACACUCUCCGCCUCCAGUUGCCACAAGUGCACAUUCCCUGUACACUCCCACCCCUCCCCAUGGCAAGGGAGAAAUAAUGCCCAGAGGGAGGGGUUUUCAGUCUGAAACUGACGGGCCUUCUUCCGCAUUGUGACGUCCAACACAAGGGGCAGGGACUUUCUGCAGAUCCGGCCGAUGACGAACCCACGUUCCAAACCCCUUGUCUACUAUUGGCCAAUCGCCAUUGUGUCAGACCAGACCAUCGUGAGCCAAUUAGAAUCCCUUGAGUACCGGAAGUAGUCUGGUCCUCCCGUCAAUCAGAGGCCCCCCCAUGUCUGAAUGCGGAAGUUGGACCAUGAGCUUCUGAAGUUGCUGCUGCUUCACUCCGAAUGAAGAUUGAUCUUCAUCUCAGACUGCAACUUCUUUCUUCUGUUCAGCAUCUGUUUCAAACCUCAGUGAGACUGAAGAACGCAGACCUCAAUGAGAGUGUCCCCAGUGAACUGACUGUGGGAAGACCUUUAACUGGCUACGCAGCCUGAAGUAGCAACACCCCAUUCACAGCAGCGAGAGACAGAACAUGUUCCAUGUGUGUGGAUUUUCAACGGAUUGUCGAAGCUGGGGAGCGGCAGGGAUUCCCACGUAAUGGAGAAACCGUGGAAAUGUGGGGACUGCGGGAAGGAAUUCAAAUUCCCGUCCUUGCUUGAAAGCCAUCGUCGCUGUCACACUGGGGAGAGACCGUUCACGUGCUCCGUGUGUGGGAAGGGGUUCACCCAUACAUCCGCCCUGGUGACCCACCAGCAGGUCCAUACCGGGGAGAAGCCGUUCACCUGCUCUGUGUGUGAGAAGGGGUUCACCCAUUCAUCUGCCCUGGUGAUCCACGAGCGGGUCCACACCGGGGAGAGGCCAUUUACCUGCUCCAUGUGCGGGAAGAGGUUUACUCAUUCAUCCACCCUGGUGACCCACCAGCGGGUCCACACCAUGGAGAAGCCGUUCACAUGCUCUGUCUGCGGGAGGGGGUUUGUUCAGUCCUCCAACCUGCAGAGACACCAGCGGGUCCACACUGGGGAGAGGCCGUUCACCUGCUCCAUCUGCGGGAAGGCGUUUGUUCAAUCCUCCAACCUGCAGAGCCACCAGCGGGUCCACACUGGGGAGAGACCGUUCACCUGCUCCGUGUGUGGGAAAGCAUUCAUUCAGUCCUCCAACCUGCAGAGUCACCAGCGGGUCCACACCGGGGAGAGACCGUUCACCUGCUCAGUGUGUGGGAAGGGAUUCAUUGAUUGGUCUUCCCUGCGGAGACACCAGCCUGUCCACACCAAGGAGAGACCAUUCAGCUGCUCUGUCUGUGGGAAGGCAUUCAGUCAGUCAUCCCAUCUGUUCAGACACCAAUCCAGUCACACCGAGUAGAGAACGUUUGGAUUCUUUGUGGAUGUGAAUUCUAUGAGUAUUUAAGAGGGCACACAUUCACUGGUGAGUUGAGCAUCUGUUUAAGACACACUUACUGAUUUGGAAUACGCAAUGGAGUCGGGAGGUGUAUACAUGUCAUGUUUGACUCUGUGAAGAAAUCUACCAUGUGUAAAGAUUGGCUCUGGUUUCUCCCUUCCCCAUGAGACUGCCAGGACGAUAACAUGGUGUGAGAUAUUGUAUUAUAGGUCUCUUUACUAACCUACUCACAAACACUUUCUAUUUACUCAUUCAUAAGUCUUUUGUAACCUGCUCACAAGAGCCCUAUAUCUAAUAAUACUGCAUUCUGAUACAUUCACAUCAUUUUUAGGGAAGGAAACUGCUGUUGUGGAAAGGAUUCACUCAGUCGUCCCAGCUGCAUCCUUUACUCUGUCUAGCCUGUGGUUGACUCUACACUGCCCCCCCAUCCCCCUGUUCUCUCCUCCACUGGGCCCCUCCCUCUCCCCAGCAAAUGAGUAGGGAGAAACCUACUUAGAUACAGAGUAUACGUUGAAAUUGCUGAGUGAGGCAAUACUUCCUACAGGUUAAGGAGGGGAGUGUGUGCGCUUUGACCUUGAGCUGUUUUUUUUUAAAAAAAGCUACUUUUUCUAUGCCUUUUUGCUGGGGGGGAAAUCUGAAGCUGUAACAAAGUUGGGUCACAAUAAAGGGUUACCUGAACUUAC